UGGAGCACACUAGGACGCCGUUCCAGUUUCCUGGGCAUGGGGCCGCGGAGACGCGAGCGCCGCGUAGGAACAGUACAGAGCACCAAUGACAGCAGCGCCCUCAGCAAGAGCUCUCUGGCUUCCCGCGGGUACGUGGACGACGCCUUCGCCUUGCUGCUGGUUCCGGCGAGCGCGCGCCGCACGCCCCUCAUCCACCGCGGCUACUACGUCCGCGCGCGCGCGGUGCGCCACUGCGUGCACGCCUUCCUGACGCAGACGAGCGCUUUGCCUCACGCGCCGAGCGCCCAGAUCUUGUCCCUUGGCGCUGGCUCGGACUCACUAUAUUUUCGCCUCAAAGCUUCCGGCCUUUUGACUGGGGCUGGCGUCUGGGAAGUGGAUUUCCUGGACGUGGCGAAGCGCAAGGCGGAGAGGAUCACAGAGACGCCGGAACUGUGCGCGUUAAUCGGGCCUUUCCGAAGGGGGAGUCCGGAGUCGGCGCUGUGCUUUGAGAGCUUGGAUUACCGCAUCCUGGGCUUGGACCUGCGGCAGCUGCGGCAGCUGGACGAGGCCCUGGACGCGGCGGGCCUGAACGUGGCCGCACCCACCCUGCUCCUGGCCGAGGCGGUGCUCACCUACCUCCAGCCUAGCAGUGCUGCAGCCCUCAUCGCCUGGGCAGCCCAGCGUUUUCCUAAUGCCCUUUUCGUGAUGUAUGAGCAAAUGAAGCCACAAGAUGCCUUCGGGCAGGUCAUGUUGCAACAUUUUCAGCAGUUGAAUUCUCCUCUACAUGGCCUGGACCUUUUUCCUGAGGUGGAGUCCCAGCGGCGCCGCUUCCUUCAAGCUGGCUGGACUGCCUGCAGUGCCAUGGACAUGAAUAAAUUCUACCGCUGUUUUCUUCCUGCUGAAGAACGCCACCGUAUAGAGCAUCUUGAACCCUUUGAUGAGUUUGAGGAGUGGCAUCUGAAGUGCUCCCAUUAUUUCAUUCUGACAGCUUCAAAAGGAGACACCCUCUCCCAGAGUCUUGUGUUGCCUCCCUCAGAGGCAUUUCCCCAGGUAGAUCCUGCUUCGCCUUCGGCGGCCUUUCCUGCCAAAGUGGUCACUAAUGGCUGCCAGAGUUCAAACCUUAAGAGAUACGGCCAUGCCUCUGUCCUCUUGAGCCCUGGGUUUGUUCUCAGUGCAGGAGGAUUUGGAGAACAGGAAGGACGGCACUGCAGGGUGAGCAAACUUCACUUGCUCUCAAGAUACUGUCAUGGUGAAUGGAAAAGCAGCCAAAUAUGUACUUGGGGGACUGGUCUCCAAUGGGAUGGACGCCUUUACCAUACCAUGACAAGACUUUCAGAUAGUCAGGUUCUGGUUCUGGGAGGGAGACUGUCCCCAUUAAGUCCAGCCUUGGGAGCUCUCCAGCUACAUAUGUGUAAGAGUGAGGAUAAUAGCACUGAAGUCCUGAAUGUGACAGUAAAAAAGGUUGACUUAGAGGAUUACACUUUGUCAUGUUGGCGGCAUUCAGCAACAGAAGUGUCUUAUCAGAACGAGAAAUACUUGUUUGUGUAUGGGGGUCGGAAUGUAGUUGAACCAGUGCUAAGUGACUGGCAUUUCCUACAUGUAGGAACAAUGGCUUGGGUCAGUAUCCCAGUGAAAGGGGAUGCACCUGAGGCUCGGCAUUCCCAUAGUGCCUGCCCUUGGCAAGAGGGAACCCUUAUUGCUGGAGGUCUUGGAGCUUCUGAAGAACCUUUGAAAUCUGUAGUCUUCCUGAGACCAAUCUCUGGAGGAUUCCUCUGGGAAUCAAUAGAUAUCCAGCCUGCCAUUACCCCAAGGUACUCCCACACAUCUCAUGUAUUCAAUGGACAACUUCUGCUGGUUGGAGGUGUCUGGAUUCAUUCCUCCUCAGUUCCUGGAGUGACUGUUAUCAAUUUGAGUACAGGGUUGAGCACUGAGUAUGAGAUUGACACAACAAGUGUGCCAUGGCCAUUAAUGUUACACAGCCAUACCAGCAUUCUCCUUCCUGAAGAGCAACAGCUCUUGCUACUUGGAGGUGGUGGGAACUGUUUUUCCUUUGGCACUUACUUCAACCCCCAUACAGUGACACUAGACCUUUCUUCUUUAAGUUCUGGGCACUAAAGAUGAUGCUUGGUAUAGACAACAAAGCUUUCUACAAGUGGGACCUUGAGUUUGGUUAUAGAUGUUGCCACACCACCCUCUUUUAUUUCUUAGCACUAUUAAGUGCAGAAAGUAAAAGUUACUAAAAUGCCAACGCAUAGCACAAAGGUAAAACUGGAAACUGGCCACAGCAAUAAAGUUUUUACAUUCAAGUAUUCACUAUAUUGGAACACAUUUUCUUUUUUUUGGGUGU